GUAGCUAGGUCUGUACUUGGGACAAUUAUAGACAUCAAGCCGACAUAUAUACCACGCGUAACAUUUAGUGAAAGAAAACGGCAUUCCCGAUGAAAACAUAAUUGUCAUGCAUUACGACGAUAUCGCUUACAAUGAGAAAAACAUAUUCCCGGGAAAAGUAUACAACAGGCCGACCGGUCAUAACGGCACUGAUGUCUAUCCGGGAGUACCCAAGCAUUACACCGGCGAAGACGUUAACCCAGAAAAUUUCCUAAAAGUAUUGGCCGGAGACGAGGGACUGAAAAAAGCCGGUAAAAAAGUACUGGAAAGCGGACCAAAUGAUCACGUGUUUGUGUUUUUCGAUGACCAUGGUGCUCCUGAUAUAAUAUGCUUUCCCCAUAAGGCUUUAAAGGCAAUGGAUUUGUUAAAUAUUUUAAAACAAAUGCACCAUGAUAAGAAAUACGCUAAACUUGUGGUUUAUAUUGAAGCGUGCUUUUCAGGUUUAAUGUUUUACAAAAUACUACCCACCGAUAUUAACAUAUACGCCACCACAGCAGCCAAACCUGAUGAGGGUAGUGAUUGGUGUUAUUACGAUGAAGACAUUAAUAAUCAUGUUGGCAAUACAUGUAGUGUUAAUUGGAUGGAGAAUACAGAGUCGGCCACAAAUGAUACGACAUUUCAGGACCAGUUUGAUUACAUUAAGUUACAUACGCCCAACUCUACCGCACAACAAUAUGGUGAUUUAUCAAUUGCCAAACUACCAAUCUCACUAUUUUUAGGCAAGUUUGUAUUUUGCUUGAGGAAAACACCCAAACCAUUGUCACCAAUAAAUGCAAAUAUUGGCAAUAAUUUUGGCAGUAAUAGAGACGCGCCGUUAGUGUUGGCCCAACGAAGCGGUGAUUUUGAGAGAUAUCAACAAUUAGUGACCGGAAGACAGUUUGUGGACAAUAUGUUCAGUGAAUACGUGAAUAGUAUUCAACACUUAAUGAACGCAAAC